UUUCUCCGACCGCUUACUUUCACUUUCGCCUUCCGGGAAAGCGGCUCGUUCUCCGAAGCCCUGCGGGCCGCGAGGUGCUUUCCAGAGCCGGGCGGGAGAUGCGCCAAGACCUGCCCUCCGGCCCCCGUCGCCCUUCAGUCGGAACCGGCUGCCCUGCGCGGAGGAGCUCUCUUAAAUCCGCUUCUCGGGUUCUUCGCUAUAUUCUCCGCCGGCUCCGCGCCGCCUCUCUCUCUGCAAACCCUCUUCGAGAAACACCGCCCGGAUUUCUUCCAGCGCAAAAGCAUUGCUCCAGCGAUUUACGGCUUUGCCUGUCGUAGAACCGGUGUCAUGAAGUCGGGCUCGUGGUCCUGGGUCGCCCUGGGGAUGCUACUGGACUUCCUGGCCCUCCACCUGUCUUGGAAGUGGAGCCCCUCGCCCUGGGGGAACCCUCUGGCUUUCCUCUGGGCCGUCGCCGUGGGGCGCUGCGUGUCGCUCGUCCUCGCAGGGGGUACCCUCGCCAGCUCCAGUGCGGACCAGUUUCCCUGGAGGCUGCUGUUGCAAGGGGCCUUGGUCCUCUCCUUCCAGAUGCCCGGCUACGUCAGCCUGCAGUACCUCUACGAGCCCCAAGGAAACGCCCUGCAUCUGGCCUCCAACUGGGGCAGGAGCGACGUCCUUGCUCUCAACUACCUGGUAGUGGGGGCCGUGAUGCUGCUGUGCCAUAACCUCCUCUCUUGGGGGGGCACAGGAUCGGAAAAGGCAUCCUCAGCUUCCUUCGGGCGCCUCAUCUCCUGCCUGAGGCCGGAGGCGCUGCGGUUUGUGGCCAUCACGGUGCUUAUGGUGAUCUCAUGCAUGGGGGAGAUGGCGGUUCCAUAUUAUACCGGGCGGGUAACAGACUUGCUCAUAAGCAAGGAGGAAGCCUCGACCUUCACAAAUGCUCUGUAUAUGAUGGCUUGUUUCACUCUGGCCAGCGCUACAACAGAGUUUCUCUGCGACUUCCUGUACAAUACGGUUAUGAACAGAUUUCACACCCGCUUCCAGGGCUCUGUCUUCAGGUCCGUCCUGCGCCAGGAGAUUGGCUUCUUCAGCACUAAUCGAACAGGUGACAUUGCUUCCCACAUCUCGUCCGGCAUCGAUACCAUGAGCGAAGCCCUCUCACACGAUCUGAGCCUCGUGAUGUGGUACCUGCUCCGGGGCAUCUGCUACUAUGCCAUGAUGCUGUGGAUCUCUGUGCCAUUGGCCACCUUCGUCAUUGUGACCAUGCCCUUCAUCCUGCUGUUGCCAAAGUGCUCGGGGAAGUUCUACCAGAAUUUGGCCAUGCGGGUCCAAGAAUCCUUAGCCAAGGCCAACGAGGUCGCAAUGGAGACCUUCCAGGCCAUCUCGACCGUCCGCAGCUUUGCCAAUGAGGACGGAGCUGCUCAGUGUUACGAAAAGAAGUUGCAAGAGACCUACAAACUCAACAAGGUGGAGGCCGUGGCCUAUGGUGCCUCCAUAUGGAUUCCUGAGAUGUUACAACUGGCUCUCAAAGUGGGGAUUCUCUCUUAUGGGGGACACCUGGUCACUCAAGGGAAGUUAACUGGUGGAGCACUUGUUACCUUUGUCCUGCAGGAGACUGAGCUUUCCACAGUGGUGCGGGCCCUCCUUUCUUCUUACCCCUCCGUACAAAAAGCCGUGGGUUCAUCAGAAAAAGCUUUUGAGUAUAUGGACCGGACACCUCAAAUCAAGCCCUCAGGAACAUUGGCGCCCACACAUUUAGAAGGAAAAAUGGAGCUUAAAGAUGUUUCGUUCUCCUACCCCAACAAUGGCAACUCUCUAGUGCUAAAGGGAGUGUCUUUGGAGCUGCGUCCUGGUACUGUGACUGCCUUGGUGGGCCCUUCCGGGUCCGGGAAGAGCACAGUGGUGGCCUUGCUCCAAAGGUUUUACGAGCCCAAGGAAGGCGAGGUGUUGCUGGACGGCAAGAAGCUGAGCGAAUAUGAACAUCACUUCCUGCAUCAAAAGGUAGCGCUGGUGAGCCAAAAUCCCGUACUCUUUGCCCGAUCCUUGGGUGCCAACGUUGCCUAUGGCUUGGAAGAGCAAAGUCAAGAGAAGGUCACCCAGGCUAGUCAACUAGUAGGAGUCCAUCGAUUCAUCGCCACAAUGAGCCAAGGCUACAAUACAAAUGCUGGGGAAGCAGGAAAGCAAAUUUCUGGGGGGCAGAAGCAAGGGAUUGCUCUCGCUCGGGCUUUGAUCCGAAACCCCAAAGUGCUGAUUUUAGAUGAUGCCAACAGCGCCCUGGACACUGAGAGCCAGAAGCAGCUGGAGAAUGAAAUCUACGGCAAAGCUCGCAAAACCCGCACCGUUCUCCUGAUCUCGCACCGGCUCCGCAGCGUGAAGCAAGCCGACCUCAUCCUCUUCAUGGAAGACGGGGAGAUCCGCGAGAAAGGGACCUAUGAGGAGCUGGAGGAGGAGAAGGGUCUCUUCUGGCAGAUGCUGCAGAAGCAGCCGAACGGGGCAGAGGGCGGCUGGAGCAGUAGCCCCGAUGGGAACAAUAGGAAUUGAUUACGGGGUGCGAAACGUCCGGUCUGGAUCCCAGAGCAGCCCUUAUCGCUCCCUGCGACCAUCGUAUGGUGGGGAGACGCCUCAGCAAUGCAGACACUCCUGUUGAUGGACAGUUUUAUCAUUCCGAAAAUUCUAAACUGCUGUGUUCAGAAAUCACGGUUUAAGCGAUGUGCCAUCUGGGCCAGCAGGAAACUUUCUUUUGGGGGGGGGGAAUGGGGGGGAUUCAUAGUUUAAGCAGAGGGUGGGUUUUAACUAAACCAAGAGAAGUUGGAGGGUUUCAACGAUCUCACAGGAAACCGCAUAGAGGGCUGCUCUUUAAAGUACUGUACUGUAAAAUACUGGGAGAGGUAUAUGUCACUGUCUCUAAGGCUGAGCCACCUCACAGGGUUGUUGUUGGGAAAAUAGGAGGAGGAAUAUUGUGUGUGUUCACUGUCUUGAGCUAUUUAUUAAAUGGGAUAUAACAGGUGGUGGGUUGCCAAUUUUUAAACUACUGGUUUGGACACACUCAUGCGCAUGCGCAGAAGCACCCCAGCGGAUGGGCGGAACCUCCUGCCGCAGCUACUACAGGUUUGGCUGAACCGGGAGCAACUCACCUCUGGAUACAACUAACAACGAAUGAAUGGAUGAAUGAAUGAAUAAAUUAAUGAAUGAAACCAGCACCAAAAUUGAUUGUGCUCAGUUGUCCCAAAGGUGCUUUUCCAAAAGACAACCGGGCUUCCUUUGCUUUUCCUUGAAGAUGUUUCACUCC